AAACCAGCUCAUUACAUCCAAGUGGGGCGAAAACCUAAUUACAAUAUUUUUGAAUAAAUAAUAUUAAUCUUCUUUGAACUUUGAUGUUUUAUCUAUCAUCGAUCUCUACAGUCGAUAUUUCAAUUCCUUUAAUAUCGAUAUGUCAAGAGUCGAAACUCUUUUCCAGAAAGUAAAAUAAAUAGAAAACAAAUCAUCUAACCUUGACAUGCGUUUUGUGUUGUGUAUCAAAUUUUUUGAUGCAAUUCUUAAUAAAUUUUGUUCAUCAUAAAAACAAACUUUCAUGAAACUAAUUAUCCAAGUCAAAUGUCGGCGUGAAGUUUAUUUAAAAACUGAGCAUGGAACAAGUACCAUUGGAUAAAUGCAACGGUAGUCAUUCAAGAAGACAUGAAAUGGUACUCAACAUAACUCCCAAGACAACAUCCAUAUGUACAGACCAGACACCGACACCUACUAGACUGAUUAGAAAAUGCGAGGAAGUGGGACUUUUCCAAGAUCUCCAGAAUGUGAAUCCAUUUGAAGAAACUUUCAGGAAAGCUGCUGAAGCUGUUAGGACUGGCUCCACAUCUUUGCAGGUUUCAAAUCUUUGUGUACCGUUAAGCAACGCUGAUGACACACUCCAUACUCCAAACUUGUUCCCAAACGUUCCUGAGAACGAAUUACCUUGCUCACGAUCAAUCGAAAUACCUUUGAAUGACAAAAUUUGUGAUACUCCUGAACACGUGCACUUGACUUGUGAUGGAGACAAUAUUACGGAUCUGGAGCUUCGGUCUCCGCGUGAUAAUCUGAUAAAUGUUUUAGAAACGUGCCCUACAGGAGUGGAAACUCAUUUACCACCUGAAAGCGCUCUAAAUAGUCAAAAUACUGUUCAAAUUCUGCUCUGUACUCCCAAUGGCAAAGAAACACUCAACGUUAUGCCUAUUGAAACUCUGGAUUCAACGAGCGGCAGAGCAAACAGUAUACAUCUACCAUUGGCUGGGAGUCAAGAAUUUCAAAAUUGCAACCAGACAUUUGCUCAUCUUCCAACUCCAUGUAUAACUCAAGAAGCUCCAUCCGUGAAAAAUAAAUUAAAGCAGUCACUUUUGAAAAACAGUCAUUGUACGAAGAACCAAGACGAACAAAAUAAUAACGAGAAUCAAGUAUUAUCUGUCAUAAACAAACCUUGUCCAGCACCAAAGGUAUUGAUUCCACCUUUAAGUAAAACUCCAGUUUUACCGGUGAAGAGAAAAAUACAGCCUGAAUCAAAUCAGGUACAAAAUUAUGUGGAUGCAAAUGACGAUAAAAAAGAUAAAUUAGAGAAAAACAGAGCAUCAGCAAUGCGGUGUCGAGCCAAAAGAAAAAAGAUGAUGGAAGAAAUGCAGAAUAGAUGCAGCAAUCUAGAAUCGGUCAAUCAGAAACUUCAAUCGGUUAUUUCGAAUUUGAGAUCAGAAAUCGCUCAACUUCAGACAUUAUUGUUGGCUCAUAGAAAUUGUCCUGUGACUGAUGCCAUGGUUCAAGAAGGAACUGUAGAAAAGUCAGAAAAAGUUAUAACGUUCUCGCUGCCAUCAGUUGUUCCCCCCGAUGAGAAGUUGCAAGCUGCCGUCGAAAAGACAAAGCUGACCAUCAGGAUGGUGGAUGGUCCCGCAGGAGGGACAGUUGUGAAUAGUAGUCGAAUUAUCUCGAGUUCAAGCUCAGUGCCGCUCUUGAAUGCUGGCCCUCUUGACACUACUAAAAAUGUGUUAAUUUUGCCCAAGGGCCCUUCCACCAACUACAGUAUUGUAGAUGGCAGUAAAUCUGUGGCCACCAAUGUUAUACAGAUUAAUCCUAACAUUACAGAAAGAAAUAAUGUAAGGUAACCAAAUAUUCUACCUCAUUUUAUAUUAUUUCUGACUAUUCAAUUGAUAUUGAAUGAACAUUUGUACUGUACAGUAUUUCUGUUAUUGAAGACAAUACUCUGAGUUCUGUGAAUUUAUCUCUAGUAACUACUAUUGUAGCCGUAGUAUUUGUAAGAAUUUUUAUCAUAGUUAAACUUUUAUUGUAAUUAUGGUGUAUUGACAGAGAUUUUGUAUAUGAUAUCAAUAUUUUUUUAAAACUUGUUUCUAUAACAAU